GCGGGUCAGCCGUGCCCGCUCCGCCGGAUUAGCGCGGGCGCGGCCUAAGCCUAUUUCCUCCCACCACCCUCGAGGACGGCCCAGCAUGGAGGACGGCGGCCCCGAGCGGUGCGGCGGGGAGCCCUGCCUGCAGGUCGGUACCGGCGAUGGCGCCGGUCUGAGCGGCCUCCUCCUCCUCCUCCCGACGGCUCUACCCGCCCUGGGGGACCGGGCUGCCCGUGCAGAGCCCGCCCAGCCAGGUGAGGGGCGCUGGCCUGGCCCAGGGGGGCCCGGCGCGGGGCCGGGGUGGCUGUGGGCGGGGGCUGCGCCCCCCCCACCGCCCUGCACCGAGGGUCCCCCCACCGCGGGCAGCAGCUCCCUGGGGGGCCUGGCCCGCUCCCUGCAGAAGGCGGAGGCCAUGCUGCGCAGCUGCGUCAGCCCCGGCCUGCGGCGCCUGCUGCCCUCGCGGCCCCGCCAGCACGGCGACGGCGGCGACGACAGGGACGACGAGGAGGAGGAGGAGGCACCAGCCCUCCUGGCCGCGCUGGAGCAGGCCUUCCCAGGGCUGCGCCGCUGCCUCUGCGUCUGGGAGGACCCCCGCACCGAGACCUUCCGGGGCCGCGUGCAGCCCCAGCCCGGCGACGGCGCCGCUGCCUUCUCCCACCACCCGGUGCACCCACGCGUGGCCGAGCGCGGCGCCGCCCUGCACGCCCUGCUGCAGCACCGCCACCACCUCCGCCUCGCCCGCGACUACAGCCGCCGCCUGAAGGCCGCCUCCGACUUCCUCCGCCGGCUCCUGGCGUUGGUGGAGCGGCCGGAGUCGCCGGCGGGGGAGGCGGUGGCCGCCCCGCCGCUGCAGGGGCUCUGCCAGGAGCUGCGGACGCACGCCGGCCACUGGAGCGGGCUGCAGCGGCGGAUGCGCGGCGACCCGUGGCUGCGGCCGCUGCUGCUGCGCCGGCACGAGUCGGUGGCACACAUGCGGCGGGCGCUGCUGCUGCUGGCGCUGCACGCCACGCGGCUGGCCGAGCGCCACGCCGAGGCGCGGCUGCGGGCCCUGGCACGGGCUGGCCCUGCCGCCGCCCCACCACCGGCGCUGCUCUCCGACCUCUUCCAGGGCCUGGAGAUCUACAACCAGGUCGUGGGUGACCUGGCUUUGGAGCUGGGCAUCGCUGCCUGCCUGCCCGCCGGCACCACCGGCCGCCCCGGGACCACUGGGGACCAUUCCCACGCCUUCCCUGCGGCCAGGGUGCUGGGGAUACUGGCAGCCGAGCGGGGCCGGCUGACGGCUGAGCGGCUCCAGCCCCUCCUGCAGCCGCGGGACGGGGGCGGUGGAGCAGAACACGUCUGCUGGGAGGACACCAAGGUGCCUUGGCCCCCGGAGCACAGCGCCAUGGCGGCAGAUGCGGAACCCUCCGGACGGGAGGAGCCGCUGGGCCUCGCUGGGGAGCUGCAGGCGCUGUGCAGGGAGGACGAGGAGCUGAUGGGCCUCAUCCUGGGGGUGCUGGUGGCCUCCGCCGACAGCCUCUGGCACCAUGUCCUCUAUGGGCCCAAGCAGAAGGCAGCGGCGGCGGAGGGCCCCAAGUCCCUGGAGCUCCCAGCGGGCAGCCGAGGCACAGCCACGGGGCCGAGCUUUCCCGGCUGGAAGUCGGUGCGGUGGCUGGAUGCCUCCCGCGCCCCGGCGGCCGAGGCCCUGCAUGCCCAGUACCGCGCGCUCUUCUGGGGGGCCACCGGCAUGGCGCUGGGGCACCGCCUGGGGCUGCUGCACUGCGGGGCGGGCACGGCCGCAGCUGCCGCGCGGGAGCUGAGCCACGCUCUCACCCAGGCCCGCGUCCCCCGGGAGUGCGAGGAGGAGCUGGGGCAGCUCUGCCUGCGCCUGCUGUGCUGGGGUGUGCUCCGGAGCUGGGAGAGAGACUUCGCCCGCGCCCUGGGCUCGGGUCUGUCCGACAAGUGCUCGGGGGAGGCGGCGCCGGCGGCAGGGCCGGUGCGGAGCAGGACGGCGCAAUGCCUGCAGCGGCUCUACCCGGCGCUGACCUUCGCCCUGUGCUGCCUGCGGUCCCUGCCUGCCUGCCCGCCCGCUGCUGAAGUCGGAGACAGACAGGCUGGUGGUGCUGGUGAGCGGGACCUUCCCGGAGCCUGGGGACGCCCCCCCGCCACUGCCCCCUGCCCCGCUGUCCCGCCAGCAGCACCAGCUGUGCCAGCAGAUCCACUCCAUGGCUGCCAGCAUCCAGCUCUUCUCGGGGGAUGUGCUGAAGAUGUUCUCCGCCAACUGCAAGCGGAUGUCGGCAGAGAUCUUCGACCAGACCAUGCCGCUGGGCAAGCACUGGAGGGUCGGCCUCCGCACCGACCUGCCCAGCUCCCCCAGCGCGUACGCGGCGGCAGCGGCCCAGGCGGUGCUGGGCCAGGUGCUGCAGGGCGCCCAGCUUCUGCCCCGGGACGCCCAGGCGCCCGCCCUGGCCCGGGUGACCACGGCCUUCCUGGAAGCGUGGAUGGACCACAUCCUGGCCCAGAGGAUCAAGUUCAGCCUGCAGGGAGCCUUGCAGCUGCGGCAGGACUUCGAGCUGGUGCGGGAGCUGCUGGGCUCGGAGCGCUACGGGCUGGCCCCCGAGACCCGGCAGUCCCUGCUCUCCCUGCGCGUCUUCCAGCAGAUGGACGGGGCCAUCCUCUGCCUCCUGCAGCAGCCCGGCGGGGCGGCCGGCGUGUCCCCCCGGCCCUGGCACUCCCUGCGACGAUGCUGCUCGGACAACGGUGCCCAGGCGCAGGAGCCGGGCAGCCUGCACGGUCUGGAGACCCUGGAGGUGCCGCCGGCGGCGGGGACCCCCCCGUCUGCCCCCGGUGCCGAGGUGCCGUCGCGGUUGCGGGGCGGCGUCCCCGAGUCCUACCUCUCGGGCAACCAGCAGCAGUGGCUGUCGCUGCGGCUGCACCGGGCGCGACGCUGGCGCGUUCCCGGCCUGCCCUGCAUCGGCAACGGCCCCGAGGCCUGACCGCGCGCGGCGGCGGCGGCGGCAAUAAAACGGCUGCGGGAGCUGAGCCGCCGUGCCCGUGUCUGUCUGCGUCCCGGCGUCCCGCCCCGUCCCCGGCUGCGGGUGGGAGCUGGACCCCGAGCACCCCGCGCCCCGGCGGGGGGUCCUGCCUGCUGCUGCCUGCACCCGCUCCUGCCCGCAGCACGGUCGAACCGGCCCCGGUCCCCGGUGCGGGGGGCUUUGCCCGGUACCCCCGACCCCCACCCGGGUCGCCAAGGUUCGGCAGCGGCCCCGGCGAACGCCGGCGACCCGGGCAGGGGUCGCGGGUACCCGGGCUACCGGAGCCCGCGGUGUGACUACGGUUCCCAUGAUGCCGCCGCCCCCGGCCACUUCCGCCGCGGGGCGGGGUCGGGCUGAGCCGAGCGCCCCUUCCCGGUCCCGGUCCCGGUCCC